AUGACAGUGGCAUUUGCAGAGACCAAACCUAGACCUGCCCGAUCUUCAACUAAUUCUCCGGCCUCCCCAAAGAUCUACCCUGAGAUAGAGGACCUCCAGUGGGCAGAAUCACAGCCUCCCCCUUACCCUCCGCCGCAGCCGACUGCUCCCCCUGCCCAGGCCCCUGAUGAGGCGGAGGGAGCGAGUGAGCCUGCGGCAGGGACACGGAGUCGGAGAGGCCGUAGCCCAGGACCAGAAGUCACCUGGGGAGAGACCCCGGUAGCAUGCCUAGUUCUAAACUUGGAGGAAGAAUAUCGCCUCCAUGAGCAGAAUCCCAAGCAUUUACCAACCACUGAAUGGAUGACGGCUUUCGCUGGAGUCUGGGCUAAACAGGCAGGGAUGGGACUGGCUAGACAAAUACCUCCAGUUGUGGUGGAACUAAAAGCUGAUGCCUCCCCCGUCUCGGUCAGACAAUACCCUAUGAGUAAAGAAGCUAAAGAGGGUAUCCGACCACAUAUCCAGAGACUAUUACAACAGGGGAUUCUAGUUCCUUGCCAAUCCCCGUGGAACACCCCCCACCUGCCUGUGCGUAAGCCUGGGACUAACGAUUAUCGACCAGUACAGGACCUGAGAGAAGUUAAUAAAAGAGUACAGGACAUCCAUCCUACUGUUCUAAAUCCUUACAACUUACUAAGUUCCCUCCCACCAUAACAGACUUGGUACACUGUCCUAGACCUGAAAGAUGCCUUUUUCUGCCUCUGAUUGCACCCCAAUAGCCAGCCAAUGUUCGCUUUUGAGUGGAGGGAUCCAGAAGGAGGACACAUGGGUCAACUAACCUGGACGCGGCUGCCCCAGGGAUUCAAAAAUUCCCCCACUCUUUUUGAUGAGGCACUCCAUCCGGACCUCACGCCCUUUAGGGCCCAGAACCCCCAGAUUUCUCUCUUGCAAUACAUAGAUGAUUUACUGGUUGCCGCCCCAACUCAAGAACUGUGCCUUGGUGGAACUAAGAAACUCCUGAAUGAAUUGGGUGAGUUGGGAUACCAGGUAUCAGCUAAAAAAGCUCAGCUAUGCAGCACCGAGGUGACCUACCUAGGAUACACCCUCCGAGACGGAAAGCGGUGGCUCACAGAAGCUCGGAAGAAAACUGUAACACUGAUCCCGACUCCCACCACCCCGCGACAGGUACGUGAGUUCCUGGGAACGGCGGGCUUUUGUAGACUCUGGAUACCGGGGUUCGCAGCCCUGGCUGCCCCCCUGUAUCCGCUUACUAAAGAAAAAGUCCCGUUCAUCUGGACAGAAGAACAUCAAAAAGCUUUUGACAAUAUAAAGACUGCCUUACUUACAGCCCCUGCUCUGGCCUUGCCAGAUUUGACUAAGCCUUUCACCUUAUAUGUUGACGAGCGGGCCGGAGUAGCUCGCGGAGUCCCAACUCAGACUCUAGGGCCUUGGAGACGACCAGUGGCCUACCUAUCUAAAAAAUUGGACCCUGUCACCAGUGGUUGGCCCUCCUGCCUGAAAGCCAUCUCCGCAGUAGCAUUGCUUGUUAAAGACGCUGACAAGCUUACUCUAGGUCAGCAUGUGACUGUAAUUGCUCCCCAUGCCCUGGAGAAUAUUGUGAGACAGCCCCCUGAUCGAUGGAUGACUAACACCCGGAUGACCCACUACCAGAGUUUGCUGUUGAAUGAUCGAGUGACAUUUGCCCAACCCGCCAUCCUCAAUCCUGCCACCCUCCUCCCUUAAGUGGAUGACUCCACCCUGAUACAUAGCUGCGCUGAUAUCCUGGCUGAAGAAGUUGGAACGAGAAAGGACCUGACUGAUCAACCUUGGUCAGGAGUGCCUAAUUGGUACACCGACGGCAGCAGCUUUGUAGUGGAGGGGAAAAGAAGAGUGGGAGCAGCAGUGGUGGACGGAAAACAGGUAAUCUGGGUGAGCAGUCUUCCAGAAGGGACUUCUGCUCAGAAGGCUGAGCUUUUGGCCUUGAUUCAAGCCCUUCGGCUAGCAGAAGGUAAGGCUGUUAACAUCUAUACAGAUAGCCGGUAUGCCUUUGCAACAGCUCACAUACAUGGGGCCAUCUACAAACAACGAGGGCUGCUCACCUCGGCAGGGAAAGACAUCAAGAACAAAGAAGAAAUAUUAGCCCUCUUGGAAGCAGUGCACCUGCCAAAAAAGGUGGCCAUUAUUCACUGCUUAGGUCACCAAAGAGGGCAAGAUCCCCUAACAAAGGGAAAACAAAUGGCGGACUCAGUAGCAAAACAGGUAGCCCAGCAGGUUACUAUACUGGUAGAAAAAGAGCGAGACCCAAGUCCUCCAGAAGUACAACAAACAGGAGAAAGAAAAGCUCGAACCAUAGAUGGAAAAAUAAUUUUGCCCACAACAGAGGGAAAAGACUAUGUCCAAAGAUUACAUCAGUGGACACAUUUGGGAACAGACAAGCUAAAACAGUUGGUUAAGGCUUCCAGAUACCAUGUGUUAGAUCUAAACGCUAUCAUUAAACAAGUAGUAAAUGCCUGCCGCGCCUGCACCCUCACUAAUGCUGCUAGAUCCUAUCAAGAGCCUGGAAGAAGAAGACGAGGAGAUCGGCCAGGGGUCUACUGGGAGGUAGACUUCACCGAAAUAAAGCCGGGAAAAUAUGGUAAUAAAUACCUACUAGUUUUUGUAGACACCUUCUCAGGAUGGGUAGAAGCCUUCCCCACCAGAUCUGAAACAGCUCAAGUCUUGGCUAAGAAGAUCCUUGAAGAAAUCUUACCCCAGUUUGGAAUUCCUAAGGUAAUCGGGUCAGACAAUGGACCUGCUUUUGUUGCCCAGGUAAGUCAGGGAUUGGCCUCACAACUGGGGAUGAAUUGGAAAUUACAUUGUGCUUACAGACCCCAGAGUUCAGGACAGGUAGAAAGAAUGAAUAGAACUCUAAAAGAGACCCUAACUAAAUUAGCCAUUGAGACCGGCGGUAAGGACUGGGUGGCUCUCCUUCCCUUCGCACUUCUCAGGGUCCUAAACACCCCUGGACGUUUCGGCCUUACCCCUUAUGAGAUUUUACAUGGGGGACCACCCCCCUUGACCGAGUCGGCUGAGAUAUUGGAUCCCAGUACCAGCUCUUCCUUACCCUCUGCUUUGUUUACCCAUUUAAAGGCCUUAGAAGUCAUAAAGACACAGAUCUGGGACCAGAUCAGGGAAGCCUACACACCGGGGACCUCAACAGUACCCCACGGGUUCCAGAUUGGAGAUUCGGUCCUAGUUAGACGACAUCGCGCUUGUACUCUCGAGCCCCGGUGGUACCUGGUGUUGUUGACCACCCCCACAGAAAUAAAAGUAGACGGGAUCGCUGCCUGGAUCCACACCUCCCACGUCAAGAAGGCACCCAGUCAAGAUGAAGACAACUGGACGGUGGCUGCCACUGAUAAUCCUCUUAAGCUUCGCUUGCGUCGCAGGAGCCACUCUAGACCAAAACAACCCACAUCAGCCUCUGAUCCUGGCCUGGCAAGUUCUUGGUCCUGA